CUACUUAGAUAAAUACUCAAAUUACUAAGAGGUGGAUAAAAACAAGAUAUGCAACACGUUUUGGCAUAUUCAUAACGUCAUGGAGGGCAGUGGAAAAUCUAAAACGAAUGGUAUACUUCAGCUUGGUGUAUUGCUGAAUUUAGCCCUGACGAUACUGUCUGUGGGGUAUUUGACGUACAGAGUGCAUACUUUGGAUGAACGAAUCGUUCGAUGCGAGCAAAUCAAGAAAACAGAGUCAGACGCUGAUGUAUAUAAAAAUCGCUUUCCAAGAGCUGCUAACAAUGGCUCGAGAGAUCCAACGAGUGCUUGUACCAAAUGCAGAGAUCUCUGUACGCAAAUUUUCUCGUCUGGAUCAUCCAAAAAGAUCAAAUCGUCAAAACCAUCCAGUAAACCAGUUUGUGUUAGAGGUCCACCAGGAUCACUGGGUCCACAAGGGCCGAAGGGUCCAAGCGGACAAAGAGGAAGACGUGGUAAACGAGGGUUUCGUGGAUCUCCUGGAAUACAAGGUCCACCCGGGCCACCAGGCCCCCAAGGACCGAGAGGAACGCCAGGAACAGCUCUCUCUGGAAAAGCUUCAACUAUUAUUCAUUCACUUGCUCUUCCAAAAAUAACCAAAAGACCUCCAUCUGUUCUUGUCACCAAAGAAGGUGAUAAUGUGGUUAUUCCGUCGAAAGCCUCUGGUUUUCCUAAUCCUAAUAUCUCGUGGUACAAAGACAACAAGAAAGUAGACGAGCGAUUCUAUGCAACUGGUGCUCUACGAAUAAACAAUGUCAAGUACGAAGACCACGGGGUUUACUUAUUGAAAGCAAAGAAUUUCAUUGGUGAAGCAACAGCGAAAAUGAAACUUGUCGUAAAUGUUCCACCGCGAUUCGUUGUUCGGCCUCCAGUUUACGUUGCUGGUUAUGAAAACUGGAACACAACCAUGCAGUGCAAUAUCUUUGGGUUUCCUGCUCCGCGGAUCGAAUGGAAACGAGCAUUGCAAGCCAUGUCCAAAGAACGUCAUAUAAUAACCGGUAACCGUCUUGUGAUUAAGAAUACAAGAAAAGAUGACAAGGGCCCUUACAUGUGCAAAGGAAUUAACGAUCAUGGCAACGUGUUUUCUAUGGUGGUGUUGACUGUACAUCCUGUCAUUGCUCCCGCCAUCGUAAAGUCGUCUCCAAAAAACGUGACCGUGUACAAAAUCUUGAGCCGUGUCAAAUUAAACUGUUCGGCUAAUGGAUCACCGCUGCCAACGAUCGAGUGGAGCAAAGAUGGCCGACCUUUAUCUAUAAACACUACAGUUCGCAAGACCAAUAAAGCAACUAUAGGCGAGUUAGUCAUUGAUCCCUUCAUGCCAGAAGACCAAGGACAAUACAAAUGCUUUUUUAGAAACUACGAGAAUGGAACAGCCGAAAACACAAUACAAGUCUCCCUAAUGAGCUGUGGCGAUCCUGGAAAACUCCUGAAUGGCUUUUGCACUGGCAAUGAGUUCUGGGCUGGAAAUAUGGUAUUUUAUACUUGUGAUCCUGGUUACUACUUGGUGGGAGCAUCCAACCGACUUUGCCUGGAAAAUGGUGCAUGGAGUAACUCCAUUCCAUCAUGUCGUCGUCUUUGUCCCGAGAUGGUUCCUCCUGAGAAUGGAUACAUGGUAGGUGAUUUCCUGGCCAACAACUCUCUCACUUUCAAAUGUAAACCCAGUUACUGGAUCCUUGGAAACAGUUACUUCCUUUGCGAUUCCAACACAGGACACUGGAAAGAUUUCAAGGGAAAUUUUACCACUGAAAAACCGCAGUGUAAAAGACAUACAUUGCAUUCAAACAUCCUCAAAAAUCGAGAGGAUUACUACGAUUUGAUGAGAGAAUGGCUGGCUCCAGUGACCAACAAGCCAAUAAACUGGGUACCAUGCUACCAAAGCAGACUUCACGGAUGGGCAAGCAGCACUUUCCAUUCAAAUUGUGAUUUUAAAGGCCCGACUAUUACAAUCAUCAAAGUGAACAAAUACAUAUUUGGAGGCUAUGCAGACGUCAGCUGGCAUACCCAGGGUUCCAGCACAUCAGUCAACUCGUUCCUGUUUUCAUACGUGAACAGAGAUAACUUGAAGCCAUUUAAAAUGAAAGUUUUUAGACCGCGGUAUGCAGUUUAUGGAAGUAGCAUCGACGGACCAACCUUUGGAGGCGGCUAUGACAUGCAGAUUAGUAAUAAUGCUGGUAGCAACAAAAAGUCCUAUUCGAACCUCGGAAAUAGCUAUCACAUAUUGAGCUACAAAUAUGGAUCGACUAAAGCUAAGAACUUGCUUGCAGGAUCGUACAACUUUCAGCCAGACGAGGUCGAAGUGUUUUGGGAUGGUUUCGGAGAGGUUUAGGUGAAAGAAACUCUAACAAACCAUAGGAUUGUCGCUUUUAAAACAUGUGAAGAUGUGUGCAGUAAAUGUUUUGCAUGUGUGAUCAGUUGAAACUUCGCAUCUUUGCGAAAAUAACUCAGAUGGAAGAAGAAAAACUAUAGUUUGUUUGGCUUCAGUAUAUAUAGUUGGGCGUAGCUAUGAAUGAAUUGUAUUGUUUCAGGGAAUAGCUGCGCGCCGCCACUAAUCUUGGGCUCCCUGUGGAACACGAUUAUAGUCUGAGCUGAAGAAAUUCAGUUCGAGUGAGUGAGAUGUAAAUUGACUGUUUUUAAACAAUGUAUAAACUGCGAUUAUUGAUUGCUAGGAUUAAUUAUCAAAGGAAAGAAAAAUGAACUAGAUAAUGUUCUUCGAUGAGUUCUUUUUACAUGUUUGCUGCGUACGUAAAUGAUCUUCGCCGCUCAAGUUUUAGCCUGGAUGCAUAUUAGCAUGUUCAGUCAAAAAGGUCAACGGGAAUAUAUAUAUAUUUUUUAAUAUCAGAUUAAGCUAACAAUGCGAUGAAUUUUAUAUUUGUCGAUCUGUGUCGCUGAUGUUUUAAUGAUCGGAUUCGAACUAAAUGUCCGGCUCAUAAUGGUAGCCAAAACUGAACUUAAACUCAUCUCUAAUGAUGAAAGCCAAGUGCGCUUAUAGUCUCGUUUGGGGCUUUCGAUGGCUAGCGUGCAGCGAAUGAUUUUUAGCGUAGCUAAGGACACGUCUUAAUUAAGAGAUCACGUGUGCGAUUGCGUGUGAUCAUGUUGGAUGUCAAUGUCGUAGAUUGUAAUCACGUUAACUAAGUAGCAA